GGUUGGGCAGCGUGGUCAUCACCAAAACCAAGCACUUAAAUUUCCAAUCACACGUGGCAUGCCACAAGCAGCUUCAACACUCGCCAUUGACCCUUGCUCCUUCGUGACAGUGCCAUGGCCACAGCUUCAGCUUCUCCUUCUCUUUUCCUCAGAUCUUCUUCGUCCUGUGGUGGCCGUACUAACAUAAUCACUCUUCGCUCCUCUCAUUCACGUUUUCCUCACCUGAAUCGCCGCCACGUAAAGAAGAGCCUCACACUCACUGUUUCCGCUUCGGUUUCGGUGUCCAAUCCUGAGCUUCGUGCCGCUCCCGAUGAUCUUGUUUCGUCUAUUCUCUCAAAGGUGUUGGAAACAGAUGGAGGUGUUUUACUAAAAUCUCAAGAACAUAAAGAGGUGGCUGAAAUGGCUCAGCAAUUGCAGAACUAUUGUCUGAAUGAGCCAGUUAAAAGCCCAUUAAUAUUUGGAGAGUGGGAUGUAGCGUACUGUUCACAGCCAACAUCACCUGGAGGUGGCUAUAGGAGUGCGGUGGGACGCCUUUUCUUUAAGACGAAGCAGAUGACUCAGGUUAUUGAAGCUCCUGAUAUCGUGAGAAAUAAGAUCACCUUCACUGCCUUAGGAUUUUUGGAUGGAGAAGUCUCUCUAAAGGGAAAACUCAAGGCUUUAGAUACUGAAUGGAUUCAAGUUGUAUUCGAAGCACCCGAAUUGAAGCUAGGGUCAUGGGAGGCCCGGUAUGGCGGCGAGAGUCAAGUUAAACUGAGAAUCACUUACAUUGAUGAAAAAAUCAGGUUGGGAGUGGGUUCUAGAGGUUCCCUCUUUGUAUUUCAAAGAAAAUGAAGUUGAGCUGCAAAAUCUCAGAUUUCUUUAGCUUUGUACACUGCACACUUUCAUAUUUGAUGUAUAAUGUGAUUAUGAGUGAAUCUCAUUAGAUCUUGUAAAGGAAAACAGCUGACAAAGUCAA